CCAGCAGGGACGCCGGGCGCGCGCUCUUAAAGGCCCCUUUGCAGGGAGGCGCGGCGGGCCGGUAUUUGGGAAUUGCUCUUUGGGCCGAAGAAAUGAGCGACGCGGGGAGCACGAGAAGGCGCGCGGGAAGAACUGGCGGCCCUCUCGAAGUUGCCUGUUGAAGGAGGGAGCUGCAGUAAACCCAGAGGGGGAAACGCUUAGAAGAUUGUGGCUCCUUUUUCCGGAGUGCCCCUCGCCCCGGCGUUCGAGUUGGCCCGGGGAAAGGCUGCUUUCUCCCCCCCCCCCCCCCCCACACACACUUGGAAGCAAGAGUAGGGACGCUGCGGUUAGAACUCCGAGGAGGGAGGGAGAGAGAGAGAUUUAGGAGUUUCUGACCGAGGCUGCAAAAGUCAGCAGCGACCUCCGCAAGCAGCCAUUUCCAGCAGCUGCUCUGUGGUGCUGCUCGCCCAGUCUUUGGUUUCUCGGUUGAAUGUUGAUAAACGGAGAUGAACCCAGCCAAGCGCUCGCCCUCCUGCGCGGAGUUAGUUAAAGAUCGUCUUUAUUUUGCCAUUCUGUUCCAUAAACCAAAAAGCGGUAGUACAAGUACACACUAUUUCUGCAUAGAUGAUGAAUUUGUAUAUGAAAACUUCUAUGCAGAUUUUGGCCCACUCAAUCUGGCAAUGAUUUACAGAUACUGUUGCAAGCUAAAUAAAAAAUUAAAGUCUUUUACCAUGUUAAGGAAGAAGAUUGUUCAUUAUUGUGGUUCGGAUCAGAAAAAGCAAGCCAAUGCAGCCUUCCUCGUAGGCUGUUACACAAUAAUAUACCUGAGAGAAUCUCCAGAAAAUGUGUACAGGCAUUUACUAUUUGGAAAUGUUUCAUAUCUUCCAUUCAGGGAUGCUGCAUUUGGUACCUGCACUUUUCAUCUAACUCUGCUUGACUGUUUCCAUGCAAUAAAUAAGGCAUUGCAGUAUGGCUUCCUUGACUUUAAUACGUUUGAUGCAAAUGAAUAUGAGCAUUAUGAAAGGGCAGAAAAUGGAGAUUUCAACUGGAUAAUACCAAAAAAAAUCAUGGCCUUCAGUGGACCUCACUCAAGAAGUAGAAUUGAAAAUGGGUAUCCACAUCAUGCUCCCGAAGCCUAUUUUCCAUACUUCAGAAGACAUAAUGUUACCACUGUAAUCCGCCUGAAUAAGAAAAUGUAUGACUCUAGAAGAUUUAAAGAUGCAGGGUUUGACCAUUAUGAUCUCUUCUUUGCUGAUGGAAGCAUACCUAAUGAUGCUAUCAUCAAAGCAUUUCUGAAUAUUUGUGAGAACGCUGAAGGUGCUAUAGCAGUUCAUUGCAAAGCUGGACUUGGCAGAACUGGUACACUUAUAGCGUGUUACAUUAUGAAGCAUUACAGGAUGACUGCUGCUGAAACUAUUGCCUGGAUUAGAAUUUGUAGACCUGGUUCUGUGAUUGGAACUCAACAACAUUUUUUGUUAGAGAAACAGUCAGAAAUGUGGCUGGAAGGUGAUGUUUAUCGUUCAAAGCUAAAGAAGACUCAAAAGCUUGCAGUGACAAAAAUCCUUUCGGGAGUAGAUGACAUUUCAAUUAAUGAUUCAAAAUAUCAGAAUGCCAGCAGAAAAGAUUCUGAACCGUACAGUGAUGAAGAAGAAACACACACAGUAACACAAGGGGACAAGCUCCGUGCCCUUAAAAGUAAAAGGCAGGCAAAAGCAUAUUCAGUUCCAUUAACAGUAAUUCUGCAAUCCAGUGUUCAGAAAAGUAAACAGUCUAAACCUAGCAUUUCUGACAGUGCAGGCCUUUCUAAAAGAACUACCAGGUCUACUGCAAGAAAAAGCAGUUUUAAAAGUCUCAUGCCUCAGAGGGAAAGAGGGAAAGAAGGAAAGGGGAGGCUUUACAACAAAUACGCUUAUGCACUACCCCUAAGCCAAGGACGAGAAGUGUGCUACGUUGAACAAUGAAAAUUCAAGAGAAUGCAGAGAGAAAAAAAGAGACAUUGUUUUCAAUUAAAACAUUGAAGAUUGAUUUUUUUUUCUUUUAAAAAGUGGUCUAUUUUAGCUCUUAUACAAGAGUGUUAAUUUAUUGUCACUACAAUGAUUUUUUUUUUACUGCUUUAAUAAUGGCCUGUAAAAUUUAGCCUUUUGUCUAAUAUCUCUUUUAUCAAGAUUACUUUUUUUGUAUAAUGCUUAGGGAUAAAAUGUGAUGGCAAUCAUUUAAUCCUCUGUCCAACAACUGAUGGGGGAGUGCAUAUAUUAUUUGUUUGAUGUAUAAAUUUUCAUCCAAAAUGGUUUUCUCUUAUGAUGGAAAGAAAUUGGGAAAGUGUACUCUUCUUCCCUUCAUUCUCCCCAAUAAUAUGAUUGCUCUUUGCAUAUAUUAACUAUCCUAAUUCUAUUAGGAUUUUUAUCAUAUAUUUCUAAAUUACUAUCCACCAAAGAGUGCUUUAUUUUCAUAGAUUUAGUUCCUAGUCUUGCAAAUUAUACCACUGCCUAAAGUGUUACUUACUACUUUUAAUUAACAGAAGCAGCUGGGAAGAAUUGUAACAAAUUAUGUGCUGUUGGAAUAUCACAGUCUUCUUAAUUAAGCUACUAGUGAAUUAAAACCUGUUGUACAGCUACUUCCGAUUAUAAUUGGACAAAAUGAACUAGAAAAAUAUGGCUUUUCAAAUGUUCUGUAUGUACUUAUACAUUUAUCCUUUCUUAUUAAAAGAAAUGCUAACACUGCUUAAAAAUUUGCUCUCCUUACCCUGAGAGCCUGUUCUCAGAUACCGUUCCUUCCUACCAUUAAAUAUUGUGUGGUAGUGAUUCUGCUAAUAGUCAGGUAUUCAUUUUAGCUCAGUCUGCAGAAAUAGGUGGCUGAAUUUCUUUUUUUCUGUAUGCAAAAUUAGUGGCAUAUCAAUGUGGUGAUUCCAAUGACAUGUCAAUAGGUUGGAUAGGAAAGGAAUUUAAUUUGCCAUUGCUCCAUGUCAUUAAAAUUCAAAGUUUAUAAUUACAGAUAGUCGCAACUUAUGAUCACAAUUCAGCCCAAAUUCUCUGUUGCUAAGUGAAACAGUUGUUAAGUGAGUUUUACCCCAUUGUAUAACUUUUCUUGCUAUGGUUGUUAAGUGAAUCUGGCUUCCCC